UUCGGUGUCGCCUGACAGAGAGAGGACGCUGUCACGGCCGUAGCGCAGUGUUCCGGCUGCCGGGACUAUGGUGAUGUGAGCUCGUGAGGUAGCGGCAGCUCUACCCAUGGCCCAGAACGGGGAGGCGCUUUCUCCUGGUGAGGAGUCUACGGGGCCACCGGAGGAGGAAGGGGAAUUCGCGGUGUCACCCGGGGCAGGUGAAGCUGAUGUGGUGACUAGUCAGUGCGAGGAGGGGUGUGAGGAGGCAGCGGGCAGCCCCGAGCCCCCGUCACUGGACGCGGUGCUGUGCCGUCGGGUCCAGGUCCUGGAGGAGAAGUUGAGGGGCUGCCAGGGGGAGCUGCGCCGGAUCAAGAAGCAGCUGAGCCUCAGCCAGAGGCUGCACCGCACCGCCGAGAGCAGCAACCUGGAGCUGCGGAAACAGCUAGAAGAUUUAAGUCGAGAAAUCCAUGAGCGCAACAAGUCAGAAAAAAUUGACCAAGAAGUUCAAACAGACGAUUACUCAGCAUGGUCAGAUUACUACUCCUAUUAUUAUUCUUACCACACAAAUUCAUGCGAGGUGGAGACCAGCAAUGCCAGUGGUCCAGCUGAGGUGACGGCGGAGCCUGCUUCAGACACACUGGUGCUCCUAAGAGACCAGAAGAGUCAGUGUGAGGAAGAGGAACAAGGAACAAAUUAUGCUCAGUCCACUCUGGAAGAGGAAGGAACCUCACUUGCCGAUAGCUUGAGGGCAACAGCUGAAGCAGCCUUGUCUCAGACUGGAUUUACCUACGAUGAAAACACUGGGAUGUAUUAUGACCACAGUACUGGGUUUUACUAUGAUUCGGAGUCCCAACUAUAUUAUGAUCCUUCAAUGGGUAUUUAUUACUACUGCGAUGUGGAGAGUGGUCGCUACCAGUUUCAUUCACGAGUGGACCUCCACACAAAUGUUCAGGCAACCAAGGAGAAACGAGUGAAGAAAAAAAAACGGGAGCCAAAUGGAGCACAGGUGGAUGGCAAAGCUUCAGAGGAGAUGAGAACAUCAUCCUCCUUUAGUGCAGCUCAUGACACAGAGUGCCCAUAUGAAAGGGAAGAGUUUGCCAGUGGAAACAAGAAGCCCAAGCUGAGCAGUCACUGUGCAGAUUUCAGCACCAGAGACAGUUCCUCCUCCUCAGAUGACAGUGAGCCGGAGGAGGGAGAGCUCACUGACUCUGGCAAGACAUCCAGUGAUGAAGACAUGUCCAGUGCAGACAAUGCUUCUACUCACAACUCUGAUACUGAAGACACAGAGCGGAUUUGGCCUCCUUGCAUUCGGGUAAUAGUUGUCCGGUCGCCAGUGCUACAGAAAGGAUCACUCUUUAUAAUAACCGCUGUGAAAAAUGCUACCAUCGGGAGGGAAAAGGACAUGGGACAUACAAUUCGCAUACCAGAGGUCAGCGUCAGUAAGUUCCAUGCUGACGUUUACUUUGACCAUGAUUUGCAAAGCUAUGUACUUGUUGACCAAGGCAGCCAGAAUGGCACUGUUAUUAACGGCAAUCAGAUUCUGCAGCCUAAAGCUGUCUCUGAGCCUUGCGUGCUGCAGCAUGGAGACGAGGUGAAGUUUGGGGAAACAGUCCUGUCGUUUCAUGUCCAUCCCGGCAGUGAAACCUGUUUUGGUUGUGAACCCGGGCAAGUCAGAGCACAUCUGUCUCUAGAUAAGAAAGAAGAAGGAUCUGCUGGUCCAAUCCUGAGCAAAGAGGGGAAAGAAUUGUUAAGAAGACAAGGCCUUAAGCAAAUCCGUGUGAAAUACGGCUUGCAGGGAGCAGAUUAUGAAGAUAACAAAGUACUGAAGAAUUCGAAGUACAAAGACCGAGCGGGUAAACGUCGCCAAGUGGUGGGAAGCGAAGGCACCUUCCAGAAAGAGGAUGCGCCCGCAUCUGUACACGUUGAAAUUAAUGACGGUAACAAGGGAAGAAAAAUGCUAGAGAAGAUGGGAUGGAAAAAGGGAGAGGGACUCGGCAAAUCCGGUGAUGGCAUGAGAGAUCCGAUCCAACUUCAGCUCCACAAGAAAAAGGCAGGCCUGGGGGCCCACGGUUCUUCUUCCAUUGAAGACAUUCAGAGUCAGACACAAAACAAAAAGAACUGGGAGAAGGCACGAGAAAGAUAUGCCGAAACAUUCCAAGAUGCAAAAAAAACAGACUCCAAGAAGCCCACUGUUUGGAUUAAGAGCGCUGGGACGCAGUAACACUUCUUGGGCGGACAUCACAGUAACUGAUGGAUUUAAUACAAACUGUAUGUGACUGGACUAAUCAUUUUUUAAAAUGGUAUAGACCGUAAAUGGCACACCGCUCCUAAGGUACAUUCUUACCCAGGACACAAACUUGUCUUUCAUAUAUUGUACAUGUGUCUAGUGGAAGUAGCAGGCCAAGGUCUGCGUCUAGAGACGCAGAUUACUUGGCCUCACAAAACCCCCUGCGGCAGCCAGCAUACAUAAGAUGAGGCUUACUCAGCAGGCCGUUUGCGGGGGAACAUCGUGGCCAUUAGUCACAAUGUUGAUCUCGGGCUGCGACCGCAAAUGCGGCCAGGGGAUGUUUAACACCUAAUGCUGUAUUUGCAUUUUUGGUGAUUGCAUUAGCAACGAAUACAAUCAUUGCUGAAUGGGGGCCAGUGAACAGAGCAGGGACAUUUGAAGAGUGUUUUACACUUUAAAAGCCCUAGGGGCUGAUUCAAUUACACUGAGCGUUUAUAGUUAUUAAGAUACUAGUCAAUUUCAGUGAACGGUAACCCUUAGAUCCUUUGUGCCUGAAUCUAUGGGUUCCCCUCUGCAUUAAGCUCCUCCAGUGGGUGCAUUUAGGGGCUAAUUCAUUAAGGAUAGCAAAUUCUGCUAAUCGGCAGAAUUUGCUAUCCUUUUGCACGCAUGCUGGGGGCCACCCAGCGCUGGGCAAGGCCGCCCAGCAUGCUGAACGGCGCCUCCCCCCGCUACAAGCAGAAAUUGUGAUCGCCUCGCAAUUUCUGCUUAUCAGCAGAUACUACAGUUGACUCCUGCCGGCGCAGCUUAGCUGCGGCCACAGGAGUCACAGCGCCAUCUUACCUGUCUCGGCGGCUGCGUGUGACGUCACGCAGCCGCUGUGACGCACCCCCGACACGCUCCUGUUCGCGCCACACAACCCAGCGUUCGGGUUGCCCUGCCCCCACAACGCUCAGUUUCCUCCCUGAAAACGGAGCGUUGCCGCCCCGCAAUCGCCUUUGCCUGUUUGACAGGCAGAGGUGACCGCAUUUUCUGCGCCCCCCCCCCCCCGCAGAAAAUGCGGACGCAUGCGCAGUAGGGCCCGCUGCGCAUGCGCCCGCGGCACCCCCGCAAAAAUUCCGUCCGAAUCGCGAUUUGCGAUCCGACCUGAAUUAGCCCCUUAAUGCACGUUUCCUUGAUACUCCUGAAGCAGUGAGGAAAUAUCUGUGUUAAGUGCACCAUCUGGGGCUUAGCGCAUAGGUAGCAAGCCUUCAUUGAAUAGCUCAGGGAUGACAAUUAGCUGUUGGGUAAACUCCACAGCUAAUUGAAUCUGCCCCUUAAAGUAUCACACUGUCGGAAUCCACAUGAGAAUGUAAUGGCCACUGUAACUGAAUAAAACACUGUAUUACAUGUAAAUGGUUUCCCCCUAUUAGACUAUUAGCCAGGUCUUUCUGAGUAGGCAGCAAAUUAGCUCAUUAUGUUAUCUCUAUUUUCCUUCAUCACACAAAGUAUAUUUCUCAGUCACAAUCCAGUGAUUACAGUUGCACACUAAUAAUACUGCUGCAACAGGAUCAUGUUCCUUGGUGCAUCUGUUCUGUUGCUCUUCCCAUUUACAAUUGAAAAACAAGUUCUAAGAAAGAUAAUACCUUCAGUACAAAGGUCUAGUACCACAUUGAUGCCUUAGUAAUGGUGUUGCAUAGUGCUCUUUAUUUUUCUUCCGUGAAGAAUUGUACAGUACGUGUGUGUGCUGAAAUUGCAGAUGUAAUUUCCAUUAAAAUAUAUAUUUUAUGAAACUGUAAAUAA